AUGGCCUCAUCCAAAUUCUGUUUAAACAUUGCUGGAGACACGCCUUCGUCUAAUCGCCUCUUUGAUGCCAUUGCUAGCCACUGUGUGCCUGUGAUAAUCAGCGAUGAGAUUGAGCUUCCGUUUGAAGAUGUGCUCGACUACACAGAGUUCAGCGUGUUUGUCCUUGCAGCGAAGGCCGUGAAGAAGGGCUACCUUCUGAAUCUACUCAGAGGCAUCAAACAAGAGGAGUGGACUAAAAUGUGGGAGAGAUUGAAGGAAAUAGGUGGUCACUAUGAAUACCAGUAUCCAUCUCAACCAAAUGAUGUUGUCGACAUGAUAUGGCAGACGAUCUCACGCAAGAAAAUGCCAAUGCGCCCACUACGAGGAAGCAGGCGAUUGCCGCAAGCCGCCGCUGCUUCUCUCAACGACCUAGCCGUGAAGCACCCCGACGGCUACAUCGAGAUCAAGGAUCGAUCGAAGGACAUCAUCAUAUCUGGAGGCGAAAACAUCAGCAGCGUCGAAGUGGAGAAUAUUCUCUACCAGCACCCUGCGAUAUUCGAGGUCUCGGUUGUGGCCCGACCGGACGAGAGGUGGGGCGAUUCGCCCUGCGCAUUCGUGACGCCCAAGCCGGGCGUUGACGCAUCCGGCCUGGCGGACGACAUAAUGAAGUUCAGUCGGGCAAAGAUGCCGGCGUACUGGGUCCCGAAGUCCGUCGUCUUCGGGCCGUUGCCGAAGACGGCCACUGGGAAGAUACAGAAGCACCUGUUGAGGAGGCAGGCCAAGCUGGCGGAGAAGCCUACUGCCCCGGAGAAGGACGUGCCCCCACAGCCCGAGCCCGAGCCGGAAAAGGUAGCGACGCCGACUGAAAUAGAAGGGCUGUUAGUGGAAGACAAGCUACAGCUAACUCUAUCAAAGAUGGCGACAAGAAAGAUGAAAGAAAGAGAGAUGGAUUUCUUUGAAGGAGAUUGCUUCUACUGCUAUUGCUACAAAGAAAGGAAAAAGUGA